AUGGUGAAGAUUCGAAAAAUCAAAUCGUAUGUUUUCAAGGUCAGUGAGUGGGUGACUGUUGAAGAUAUUCAAGGGGGUGCAUUCAUGCAGGCAAAACGUAUUCGCUUUGUUAAUCAUCAUCUCAAUGAUGGCGUUGCAAAUCAUCAUAUCCAAACCAAACAGACCUCUAUUCGAACGUUCCGGGUGGUUGAGAGGAGGAAUUCGGGGGAAAUCAACCUCAGGAACCACAAGUACAUCGUCCUAAAUGCGGCUGGGGCUUCAGCGGGUGACGCUGUUUUGUCGCUGGAUUUCGACAUCCCCCGCACUGAAUCUCAACAGUGCAAGAAUAUACAGAGGGGCUUCCCAUACUUGAACAAAGAGCAUGAGAAGGCAGCUAGUCCUGAUGACGUCUUCACCUUGUUCUGUACCAGUUCUAUCCCGAGGCAGCGCGAUGGCGCUACAUAUAAUGUGCCUCCGGGGAAUGUCUUGCCCACUGUGGAUAACUGGGGGAACUACUUCGACCCAUGUGCGGGCAGAUCUUACGUGUAUGCCAGGGAAAUCCGGGGAAACUAG